GUGAAUGCAACGAUGCGGCGUCACAGCCUGUCGCGGGAGAUUCGGUGUUAACUAGACGAUAUUUCCCUGUUCUCAUUAUAAACACAUCAAAAGACGCGACGUUACAUUUACGUAGCUAAACGCCAAUGUUAGUGGGAGUUAUUGGUUCAGUCUACAUCACAGAAUGUCAAAGAAGAAAGGCCUGAGUUUGGAGGAGAAGAGGACUCGCAUGAUGGAGAUUUUCUUUGAAUCGAAAGAUGUGUUUCAGCUGAAAGACAUUGAGAAGAUUGCCCCCAAGACAAAGGGCAUAGCCCCCAUGACAGUGAAGGAUGUGCUGCAGAGCCUGGUUGAUGACAACAUGGUGGAUUGUGAAAAAGUUGGCACAUCCAACUACUUCUGGGCCUUUCCCAGUAAGGCCCUACAUGCUCGCAAGCGCAAACUGGAGGAGCUGCAAAAACAGAUUUCUGAAGCGAAGGAGCGGAAAGAGUCUCUGCAGAACGCGGUUAAAAAAGCCAGAGUGGGACGUGAAGAUACAAAAGAAAGAAGUUCUCUGCUGAAAGAGCUUCAGGCUCUGAGAGACGAGCGAACACAGCUGCAGGCUGAGUUGGAGAAGUACAAAGAGUGUGACCCAGAAGUCAUCCAGGAGAUAAGAAAGUCAAAUGUUGUAGCAAAAGACGCAGUUUCUAGAUGGACGGACAACGUUUUCGCCAUCAAGUCCUGGACGAAGAAGAAGUUUGCCUUUGACGACGGGCGCAUUAAUAAAGCUUUCGGUAUCCCUGAGGACUUUGACUACAUGGACUGACUGCUCGCUUCUCUUCAUAGACGUCAUGGACACAAUAAGGGAAAAUAUUUGGUUAAACUUGUGUCAGAAGCCCGCAGACCUGUUCCCUGCAUUUCUAAUUUUCUGUUCUGUGUAUCCGACAGUUAUGGCCUGGGGUUUGGCUUUGAAUGAGAGUGGAUACGGUUGAUUUUUCAGCAGCAGAUGGACUUCAUCCCGUGUUUCUUUGCUGCAACCGGAGAAGAGCCCGAGCCGACCAUUAGAGGCUGAGGGGUGUCUGGGCUCUGUGUGUGAACACUACUUAGCAGCUUGACUUUUUGGACACCUGUUUGUGUGAAAACUGAGAGCUCUGACUUGAUGAUGGAAAGGAAUCAACACUUAACUACAUCUGUGUUGCUAAUUAUUGAAUUUAUAUGGUUUAAACAGAUGGUUUGGAAUCACAAAGGUGUGCACUUUUCAUUCUGUCCCGUGGACGUCAUUCACUGAUCCGAUUACAGGAGAUGUGUUUCAGAUACGUCUACAGAGUUGUAAUCAUAUAGUUGUUUAAAGGGCGUUUACAUUGUUUAAGACGUUUUCUUUAUUAAAAGCCUGUUUCUACAG